UCGCCGCUUCUCUCUCUCUCUCUCUCUCUCUCUCUACCCCUCUUUCAUCCAAGUUGGGCAUCAUCAGCAUUAUUUUGCUCUUUGAUCAUUCUUUAGAUAGUACUGUAAAUGUGAUACUUUUGACAUUUUGGUAUGUGAGAACGAUCGAAAAAUUAACGGAGUAAUCGUCGAGCAAAGCUCGACAAGAAGGAGGAGGAAGAGGAAACACGAUAAUGGGCAACGCUACCACGAAAGAUUAUUCAAGAAGUAUCUCCGUUGGCACCAGCUCGAAGAAAACGCGUUGGGAUAAUCCAGGUCUUCCGGCUCCACCAGGCAGACCUAUCUUGAUAUCGGGAACGAACGAAACGCAGCCAGAUGUUGUUGCAAUACGAUGGGAGAGAUCACCAAGUAACGGUGGAUCGGCAAUCGUCGGAUACUUGAUCGAACAUCGGCGACUGGGCUCUCCUCAUUGGAUACGAAGCACCUCUGGUCUUUGUGCUUUUCCAGAACUAACUCUUAGUGGUCUUGAGCCAGGAUGGCGUUACCAAUUUCGAGUCAGAGCACAAAAUGCACUCGGACUUUCACAACCAAGCGAGGUCUCCGAACCACUCACAGUUACCUUACAAAGGGCCGCUGUCGCUUGCGCUCCUCAUUUCGACUUAGAGCUUAAAGAUACGGUUGCACUCGAAAACGAACAGACUGAAUUUGUCAUACAAUUCUCUGGUACACCAUUGUCAAAAAUCUCAUGGUUCAAGGACGGUUUCGAGAUCUUUAGUAGUAGACGCACCAAAAUUAUUACGGAUAAUGGAAAGAGUGUUCUCUUGAUUCACCAGACCGCGCUUAAUGAUGAGGGUGAAAUUAAAUGUACCGCCACCAAUCGAGCAGGUCAUGUUGCUACCAGAGCUAAAUUAAUUCUCGAAGCACCUCCACGGAUACGAUUGCCACGUCAAUAUGAGGAUGGUUUGCUUUUCGAGCAAGAUGAGACUAUUAGACUGAAAGUAUCUUUAGCAGGUAGACCAACGCCUUUUGUCACCUGGUAUCAUGACGGAGAGCUGAUAUCCAAAGAUGCUAGACAUAUAUUUGAAGUGAUGGAUGGUGAAUCGGUACUGAGAAUACCAGAUGCCAAACGAAGUGAUCGAGGAGAAUACACUGUUAAAAUCGCAAAUAAAUUGGGCGAAGAUACUGCGUCUUUUCUAGUCACUGUGACAGAUCGACCCGCUGCUCCUGGUAAAAUAGCUGUUGCGAUGACACUAGGUAGAUCGGUGAUGUUGUCGUGGAAGGAACCAGAAGAUGACGGCGGAUGUAAAAUCGGGACUUAUAUUGUCGAGUACUACAGAAUUGGCUGGGAGGUAUGGCUUAAAGCAGUUACAAGCAGACGCACAACCGCAACAUUAACUGAAUUGAUCGAAGGUUCUGAAUACAAAUUUCGUGUGAAAGCUGAGAAUCCUUACGGAGUCAGCGAUCCGAGUGAAGAAAGCGAUGUUAUUUUCAUUCCAGACAUUAAACGAAGAAUCGUAAUACCGUCUUUGAAUGAAAAAUCGCAAAGUCAUCGAGAAAUCAGCAGAUCUCGUGGCGAUAAACGAGAGGUAAGUUUCACUACGCCAGCGCAAAGAACUAGAAGUCUAACGAGAGAAGAAACUAAAAUCCGAGACGAAAGUAAUGGUUGUUUUAAAUACGACGAGCGAUCAGCUUCGGUGCAACGACUCGCAAUGCCAACUUCUACAUUGGAUAGACCAUCUAGAGCCGACAGUAAAGUAACAUUUGCACUGGAUACUUUAGAAAAAGAAGAACCUCCGAUUCCUCCAGCCAGAUCAAGAGAGCACAAUUCCAUGAAGCAACAAGUUUUUCUUGGAAAUCCUACCAACCGAUCAAAUAUUGCGACAAAUGCGAAAGACAAGCAAGAUGUUAUUACGAAAGAAGAAACAACAAUGUCAUUAAAACCAAUACCAAUCAUGCAAGUCUCUUCUCCAAUUAUCGAAGAUGAUAUCACGUCAUAUUUUAUAACCAAAGAAAGGAGUCUCUCUCCAGUCAACGUGCCAAGAAUUCAAGAACAUCGAAAUGAGGAGAAUCGUACUACAGCAAACCAUCAAUUUUUAUUAUCAUCAAAUUCAAUUCCAAAAAAACAGAUAGUUGUAAACGAAUCUAUAUUAUUACCAUUGGAUAAUUCGCAAUCUCAGAGAAUACUGCAAGAGCAUGAUGAGAACGCAUUACACGGUAGCUCGGAAUUUAUGCUAGUUUUAUAUCCAGAAGAUGAAACACAAGAGAAAGAUGUAAUCAGCAUGGAGAACUCUACAGAAAUUCGAGUUAAAAGCAGUAUAAAUGAUAAACGGAAUAUGAUUGAAUUAAUAGAAGAUGAGGACGAUCUCAUACCACCACCAAUAUCGUUAUCUCUUCCAGAAUUAUUUAGCGCGCAGCAUCAAAUGGUGGAAAUAAUGCGAGAAGCGGUUAGCUCUACUGAGCUUCUUCACGAACGAGCUAUGGAACGCUUUUAUCGCGCAAUUGCUGCUGGAGAGGCAUCCGAAGCUGCCAAACAAAAGACGCAAUUUGAGAAACAAACCAAACUGACACUAUUAGAUGUCGAAUCUGUUCAGAGACCAUCGCUUCGAAGGCGCUUAUCCAAUUCUGGUACUACUAGGCAAAAUUUAAUCGCUUCCUGGCAAGCCAAAAAGAAUCGUCGAAGAUUGAGCGAAGGACAAACAGAUGCGGUAUCAAAAACAUUAAAACUUCUUUCGCCAGUUUUGUUAUUGGAUGUUGAAGCUAGAUCAGACCCAAAUCUUCCCUCUGAAGUGAUAAUGACAGAUCCUUGGGAAAGGAACAACAAAGUCGAAUCCGUGGAACGUCUGCGUAAAUGGCACGAAACGACUGUACCGUUACUAAAAGAGAUGCAACAAGAGGAGUCGAUAAAAAUGUAUAAUGAAGAGAAAGUGAUAAUUCCAUCAUCCAUUACAGUGGAUAAAGUAGAAUCACAAUCGCUGGGUCAAGCAAAGGAAACAGAGGAGGAGGAAAAUAUUAGCAUUGAGACUUCCGAAGAGUCAUCAGAAGAGAUCAGUAGUGCAGACAGCGAGGAUUUGAAAUUAUUAAAAUCAAGGAUCCUGGCAAGACAAAUUAUCGAUGAAGAAGAUACUUAUCAUCCUAGGGGAAAACCAAUUCCACACGUCGAACCAGAACUACAGAUUUCGUAUGACGGGUUGCCAAUUUGUGAGAUCUCAUCUCUUUCACCCAUCAUAACGGUUACUUCCGCCUCAUCUAAUAAUGUGAUGCCCAAGUCAAUUCUAAAAAAGCCCAAAGACGAAAUGACAAUUUCUCAGGACAAUUUUGGUAGAUUGAUUCCUCCAGAAAAACCAAUUAGAAAGACUUUAUCGCAAUCGUAUCAACAUGAAGAUAUAGAAAAGAUAAAUAUAGAUAUCAACGACAAAAUUUUGAAUCUUUCUAUGUCUAGCGUGUCCGAAACUCUAAAGACUCCUACGAUGUCAGAAUCAGAUACGGAUAGUAUUAUAUCUGCGGCAAAAGCAGCAAAAAAUCGAAGAAUGCAAUCGAAAUUGCGAUCCAUGACACCUGAAAAAGAGGCAGCCGAAAUAGAAGCUAAAAUGGCUGUUGUAAAUCAAUAUACUGAGAUAGUCCGAGAAUACUCGAGUCAUUCACGACACGGUAGCGCAGCUAGCUCUCGGAGAUCUUCAUUUUCUGAAGACCAAGAUCAAAAGUAUCGAGUGCAGGAAAAACAUGUGCCAAAAUUAACAGAUAAACAAGAGAAGGAUAAGAAAUUGAAAUUAAAAAUUAAAAAUAAGAAUGAAAUCAAUGAAGAAAAAAAAAAUAAUCAAACACCGCAUUCUAGAAGAGAAAGCGUUGUUAGUUCUAGAGGUACGACUCCAACGAGAAAUACGAUGACUGCGAAGCGUAGAAGUAGACCAAACUCCAGGGACCAAUCUCCAGCUGCGAGAAGAAGUGAAAGAAUAGGAGGUGCUUCUUCAAGAUCAUCUUCGAAGUCCAGAAAUCGUACACCUUCUAAGGAAAGAAAUAAUCGACCUUUAGCAAAAAAUGAAUUGAAUGAGCAUGAUUUUCGUAGAUCUAAAAUAUCUUCUAGACCUUCCUCGCGCUCCUCAUCAAGAUCAAGUUCUAGGGAGAGAUUUGGAACGACAGAACCAAUAGAAUCGAAGGUUGAGAAAUUGCAAAAAGCACUCCAGAAUAGUAAGCAUCGUGCAAUGAAAAAAGAAAUCGAAGAAACUAAGGAGAAUGCAGGAGAAAGCUGUUUUAAUCAAGCAAACGGAAAGUUAGCUUUAGAAGCUAAAAGAACAAUUAGAUCGACCGUAAGCUAUAUAACCGACUUGACAUUACUAAUAGCUGCAAUGUAUAUUUAUUUCUUUAAAAAAGAAACUUUGGCGAUUCCGUUUAUCGUGCUUCUUCUAUAUCGGAAAGUACAGGAAGAAAUACAUGGGUGGAUGCCACAUCGUUGGAGGCGAUCUACUAAGAAAUAUUAAUUGUCUGACGUAACAGGAUAAUCACAUACACGUCAUACAUCUCAUUUAUCGAUUAAAAUAUUCUAAACAAUUUAAAAUAUUUUAACUGAGAGAGAGAUAUAAUAAUUUAACAAA